UUGCACCCGGCGGCGACUGAAAACGGUGGCUGCUGCGGAGCCGGCAGCGCAGGCGGGCGGAGCGGAGCUGCCCCCGUGGUGGCGGGCGAUGCCCCCGUGAGCCUCCCUCGCCGCCCCUCCCCGCCCCGCGUGCCUAUCCACUCGGAGUCCGCGCCCGCCUGGGGCCGGGCCGCGCCUACUGCCGGGUCCGCGGGGCGGGGUCCCGGGGCAGCACCUGCCCCGCCUUGCGGAGCCGCCUCGGCCUGUGGAGGCCCCCUCCCUGUCUGGACCCCGGCCCCACCUCCGGAUCUCACGCUGUCGCUCAGGCUGGAGUGUAGAGGCCUGUUCUUGGCUCACCUCAGCCUUGACCUCCUGGACUCAAGUGAUCCUCCCACCUCAGCCUCCCAAAUAGCUGGAACUACAGACCCUUUUAUUACAUCGCCUCCUCCUGGGAUCCUGCCCUGAUUGCCUUCACCUCAUUUCUUGAAAAUUGGUGUUUUGGCAGAAGUCGAUUGAAGCCUUGUGCAAAUGCCCUAGGGGUGUGCUGUUGGGAGGCAGCCCCCUGUGAUGCGGAACACCAGGCUCAGAUUCAUCAGUUCGAGCUGCCUGAGGCCCUGCUGCCCCGGGGACCAUGUUUAACGGGGAGCCAGGUCCUGCCUCAUCUGGGGCCUCCAGGAAUGUGGUGCGGAGCUCCAGCAUUAGCGGUGAAAUCUGCGGAUCCCAGCAAGCCGGGGGUGGGGCUGGGACCACCACCGCCAAGAAGCGGCGGAGCAGCCUGGGUGCCAAGAUGGUGGCCAUCGUGGGCCUGACUCAGUGGAGCAAGAGCACACUCCAGCUUCCGCAGCCUGAAGGGGCCACCAAGAAGCUGCGCAGCAACAUCCGCCGGAGCACGGAGACGGGCAUCGCAGUGGAGAUGCGGAGCCGGGUCACACGCCAGAGCAGCCGGGAGUCCACCGAUGGGAGCACCAACAGCAACAGCUCCGACGGCACGUUCAUCUUCCCCACUACCCGGCUGGGGGCUGAAAGCCAGUUCAGCGAUUUCCUGGAUGGGCUGGGACCAGCUCAGAUUGUGGGGCGACAGACACUGGCAACACCACCCAUGGGAGACGUGCACAUUGCCAUCAUGGACCGGAGCGGCCAGCUGGAGGUGGAAGUGAUUGAAGCACGGGGCCUGACCCCCAAACCAGGCUCCAAAUCCCUCCCAGCCACCUAUAUCAAGGUUUACCUGCUGGAGAAUGGGGCCUGCUUGGCCAAGAAGAAGACAAAGAUGACCAAGAAGACCUGUGAUCCCCUGUACCAGCAGGCUCUGCUCUUUGACGAGGGACCCCAGGGCAAGGUGCUGCAGGUGAUCGUCUGGGGAGACUAUGGCCGCAUGGACCACAAGUGCUUCAUGGGCAUGGCCCAGAUCAUGCUGGACGAGCUGGACCUCAGUGCCGCGGUCACGGGCUGGUACAAACUCUUCCCCACCUCCUCAGUGGCAGACUCCACACUCGGAUCCCUCACCAGGCGCCUGUCCCAGUCUUCCCUGGAGAGUGCCACCAGCCCCUCAUGCUCUUAAGGAUGUCAGGAAGAGGCCAGGAUGGUGGUGUGGGGAGGGGUGCCUGCUGGCCCCAUGUCCUCCCCUGUAUAUAGUCUUCGUGUCUUUCUGGACCCCUUGUCCUGCUGCAUGCCUGUUGGCUACUGGGCUCAUCCCAGCUGGCAGUAGAGACUGUAAUGUGUGCGUGUGUGCGUGCGUGCAUGUGUGUGUGUGUACGUGACCACGUUCUAUCUGUUCAUUUGUCUGGGUAUAGUCACUCCUGGUGAUGAUAUGGGCUGAAAUGUCUCCAUGUCUCUUUGUGUCUUGUUGAAAAGAAACCCAAAGGAGUGUUGUGUGGACACGACUCACCCUGAGAGUCUCCGGGGUGGAGGUGGGGCACGCGGCCACUGGUCAGUGCUGCCUGCUCCUGGCCUGGGGCAGAGCCUGUGUGUUCUUCACCUGUGCCUGCUCCUGGUGGUCUCUGCUUUGUUUUCUGUCUUGUCUUUUGUUGCACUCUUGACUCUCCCGGCUCUGCCGCUGUUUUCUGAGAAAUGUAGCAUCCGCUGCAGCUGGCCACACUGAGGGCCCUCUGGGAACCCCACCCCACCAGAGCUGCUCCAGCAGCUCUUCCUGCCACUGAAUGCGUUCUGCAGCAUGUAGCAUGCCCACCUAGCUCCCUGGCCAGGGCCCCAGGGAGGCAGAGGGUACCCAGGGGACUGAGGGCUUAGAAAUGACUUUCUCUGUGAGGCUGGAACCUCCUCCUUCUUCCAGUGAAGCACGAGGUCUUGGUUCCAGGGUUCCUGGCCAGGUGUCCCCUUAGCAUUUGUUCUUCAUCUCCUGUCUCUUGAAGCCUCCCCACUCCGCCAUGCCGAAGGAGCUCUGCCAGUGGGCCUGGGCAGGCAGCCACAGAGGGCAUGUUAUCUGCUAAAGCAGACAGUCCUCCUGAGGCCCUGAGGGUGGCCCUGACCCCCUCGGGGCUCAUUCCUGGUGGGCAUGACUCGGUAAGGAGGUGCUGUGGGUAGGGCUGUUUGCUGGAAUAAGGAGGGCUGAGGCUGACUUGUUCCCUGCCACUGUUGAGGAUCCCAUCUGACAUUUGGGGAUUCGCUGCAUGAAGUUGUUCAUUUGGGGCUCCAGUUUUUGUGCAUUUCCAGACCAGGGUCCCUGUCUGGGAGCUCAGACUUAGCUGGGCUCCAGCAGCCUGGCUCCGGACUCUCGUCUGCCACCAUCACCAGCUCUGUCUAAGCAAUACUUACCCACCCCGGGCUUCCCUGCUUUCCUGUGCCCCACUGCUGCCCUCUGCAGAGCCAUCUGCUCCAGGCACCCACCUGCCUCUGCUUGCUUUCUCACCCAUGUCUGGUUGGAGCUUCUCACAGCCACUCAAACCUUGACUUGAUUUGACAACUGGGCCCUGUUGGUGGGGACCAGUGCCUGAACUGGACCCUGUGAAAUCUGUCCCAUGAGAAUCCUGAAGUCUGACUCAGGAAUGCCCAGACCUGUCCCUGUCCCUCCUCAGCUCUAGGGUGAAAGGCGAGAGGUUGCUCAGGAGAUAGACAGAGCAGCCCUUGGGUUUGUAUCUGGUAGGGAAGAAAGCAGCAGGACAGUGGAGGUGUGGGGAAGGCCCUCUUUCCACCUCUCCCCAGGCAUUAUCCCCAGGUGCUGAAAUGGCUGUGGCCCCAGCACCUGAGGCAGGGGUACGCUACCUGGGGUAGCAGUAGAAAGGUCUUGGGGUCUGAAUGACCUGGGGCCUCCAUUCAUAACCAAAGUCGGAGGGGCAUGGAGGCAGUGGCGCCUUGCAGAUAGGUCAUCUCAGCCCAAAGGGCCUCCUUGGCUGGCAUGGUUCUGCAUUACGUUGAAGCCAGAGUCCUAUAACAUCUCCCAAGAAAGAUAGGGGAAGAAGCCAGAACUCCACCUGGCCUGCCCACAGGACAAGACGUGGGUAAGGGCAGGAAGGAAAUGAACGGAGUUAGCUCCCAGGCUCCUGUCUCUGCCUGAGCCUCUAUUCUUAUAUUAUCAGAGAAAGAGACCAUUGGGUGCAUAGAGAUGGGGAGGAGGCCACUGGGCUGAGUUUUCUCUUUAGGCGGAAAUGCUCUCCCCAGGCCCAUUGCAUUCGUCAAGUUCUUAGAAAUGGACAAAGGGCUCUGUCCUCCUCGACCCUAGUGGGGGAUCAAGAAGGAAACUCCCUUGCAAAAGGGUAUUUUAAUCUCCUGUUUAUGAUAUAUUCACCUCUAGAGCAGUCACUGUCAGGGUGGUGUGAAGAUACUCCAAACCUUUAGGAUGAUAGGGUUGUUAGUGACCCACAGGACAGUAUAGAUGUUUGCGGAUGUAGCACUGAGUGGUGAUACCCAGACCAGCAGUCACCCCAGGAAAUGGGGGCUACCCAUACCCUCAUUCCUCUGGUGGGGAGCUGCCUGCAGAGAGGCCUGCCACUGGGGGGUUCCAGGCUGUGGUGCCCCUUGCCUCUGGGGAAGGGUUAGCACAGGGGAGGUUCUAGCUGGAGGAGGGGUCUGAUGUGCUGGUAACUUGGGCUGACCUACCUACAAUCCCCGGCUGCCAAAACUGCCCAGCAGUUGGGCCACUCCACUAUUCCACCUCUCUAAAAGAAGGUAAUUUCCUCCCCAAAUCGACCUUGGGGAAUUAUUCUUCUAACCCUUUACACCAAAUAUGUUACUCAUCCCCACCUGGAUUUUACCCCAUGAGGGUAAAGUUGUAUGAGGCUGACACGUCUGUGUGAUGCAGUGUGGCUGCACUGAAGGGUCUGUUUCUCAGCAUCCUGGAUGCAGGGGCUUGUCUGAAAAGCCACUCUGGAGCUAGCCUGUCCCAGAAGAGGAGGAUGCACAAGUGUAACUCCUGGUUGUUUGCUGGGGUGGGGGAGCAUCUGCUGUUUGAGGAGGGGUGGUGGGGAAGGAAGGAACAUGAUCCCUCCCGAAGUCUCCCACGCUGGGGCCAACUCACUGCCAUGUUCAGUGUCCUGGCUCCAGAUGCCCCCUCGCCCAGAUGAAACCCUGCAGUGGUUACAGGAAUGGAGCUCUUUGUCAUUCCACCUCCUCUGGUCAGGCGAGGUUCACCGUGCAUAUGGCAGAGACAGGAGUGGCCCUGCAGUGAUGUUGGGUUGUGGGCAGGGACAGUGAUGGAUGACUCAGAGCGUCUGUCUUUGUAUUUCUGCUCUGUUCAUUCUGUCCCACUUUCUUCAUAGACUCCUUUUCCCUGCAAUGGGUCUUUGGUAUGAAAAAGACUCCAGUAAAUGGAGCCAAGUCUUGGUUUGACAAGGGGAACUUGAUCCUUCAGGGAAGAACCAUCUCCAAAAUGACUCCCCAUCUGGUUUCUUCUACCACCCAAUUCUACUAGGAAAGGAGCACUUAGGAGGCUCUUGGGAUGCAGCAAGUCCCAGGCAAUGCCAGCAUUUCAUGGGGGCUGAGGCAGAACCCAGGAGCUCCAAGAAAGGCCACCUAUAGAGCUCAUCCCCUGUGGAAUCACUGCCGGUUAGAACACUGAGGUCAAGCCAGUCCUCCCAUGGUCAUGCCACCCACCAGGGAAGCAUGCCUGAUCUCUUCUUUACUGCCAGCCUUGAGGAGAGCAGAAGCCUCCAUUUUUAAAGACAAUAAAGACCUCCAAGGGUACUUCUUUGGAAAUGAAAUGUAGCACAAUCUUAGCCUACGUUACCAGGAGCCCUGACAUGCAACCAGGGUCCCUCUUCCAUGCCCUGCUGCCCAGGAGAUGCUGAGCUCCUCUUCCCCUGGGGUUCCAGCCCUCCUGAUACCUCAUAUUCCCCAUCUUCCUCAGCCCAGAAAGCAAUGGGGCUUUAGUGAUGCUCCUCUUUUGUGUCUCUCUGGUUGCCUCUAGCACUGUGCAAACUCUGCAAGAAAUUGCUGCCUUUGCUUGAUGUUGUAGAUGAGUUGCCCUCCACCUGGCUGGAGAGAUGGCACAUCAUUCAGGGCCAGAAGGUUGUCCAGCAGUGUUUCUGCAGUGGCUGCAGGGAGAUGGAAAAGAAGAGCCCUGCUUCCCUGCCUCCUCCUACCUUUCUCUUCCACUCCUCAGAGUUUUCUUCUCCAGUAUCCUGACAUGUAAAGAGAUUCUUUAAAAUGCUGCUUCUUUUACUGGACUGUCUUUCACUGAGUAGUCAGGGAGGAGAUGAAAAUGUGGACACAUCCCCCUGCCUUCUCCCUCAACCUUUUCACUCACGUCAGAAGAGGUUGGGGCAAAACAAAACAAGCAUGAUUGAAGAGCAGGGGAAGCCCACACAAUCAGGUGAGGCCUGAUGGGGGCUGGACUGGCCUGGUCUGGCUGGGAAAGGGUUCUUUUAAAAGCGUGCCUGAGCAUCUCAGAGCAAUGUCAGUGAUGCCAAAGAGAGCAACUUGGCCUCCUUGGGCACCAACUCUGAUGGCUGAGUUGCACAAACGUGGCUCAGAUGUUGGCGUGCCCGACGGUGGGACCUUGUUCUCUGAUAAAGGGCUUAAUCUUUCCAUGUAGCAAAGCAACUUUCCCUCCCUCCCCUCCCCCUGAACCCUGAGCUUGGGCUUGUGUGGGCCCAGCAUGGCUGUGCCUGUGAGGGAAGCCACAUCAGUGAGAGAAAGUUGCAUUCUCUCAGGGGCCUAGAUUGGCUUGGGGCAGGUGCUUGUUGAAAAGCAUGAGUGUUUCUGCUUUGGGAAACCCUUCCAGGGCUCUGGCUGGAAAUUUGGCCAGUAAGGACAGGGCCUUGGGCCUCCCAAGGAGUUCACAAUGAUGCCAGGAAGGGUCCCUGAGCCUGGGUUCCAGUCAGCUUGGCUAACAGAAUGGGGCUUGGGAAUUCCAGGGGCAACUGAGCAUCCACCCCAUUGGCCAGUGAUCUGGACAGGGACAGCUGGCUACAGGGAAUCAAAGGCUGUUCUGUACAGUUUUGCCAGAAACUGUGACCUUGGGCAAGGCUCCUCACUUUUCUGGGCCUCAACUUCCUCAUCUGCAAAAUCAGAGCAUUAGCUGCUCUCCCCAUGGUUCCCUCCCGGUUUUAAUUAAAAGUCUCUGAUCCGGAGCACAUGAGGGUUGCGAGCCUGGUGCACCUGGUUCCUGUCUCCGUGGGCUGGUUUCCUCCAGCCCCUGAUGCCCAGGCUGGGUGCAGGCCCUCAUCUGGUCCACGCCCAGAUGCUGCCUCAGACAAGAACUCUGGGAAUCCUAACAGACUCUGCUUUCCUCUCUUCAUGGUUUGUCCUCCCUCUUUUAUUCUUGUGUAAUGAUGAGACAUAAUUAAGGGUCGUCUACAAUGGACAAUUUUCAAGGUGCUGAUGUGAUGUCACAACCUCAGCUACAUCCUGAGUAGGUCAGUGUCCCCACCAGCAGAUGAGGCUGGGUCUUUCCUCAUUUCUGCUUCUGGGAUGACAUCAGCGGGAGAGUUGAAGAUCUGAGAAUUCUAAAGGAAAUGUUCUCUGAUGGGAGGAGAGAGGGAACUUAUUUCCCUUCAAAGUAGUUUGCUUCUUAAGACCACUCCUCCCUCCAGAAUGUCUUUAACGAGACAUCAUCUCAGAAGGUGGGGCAGCUGCUUCCUUAGGAAGAGUGGGCCUGAUAGCUCAACCAACUCCUUUAGCAUGUAAACUCACAGAAGGCAAGAACCCCUUUUUUUAGACUUUCCAAAUGCAUCCUGCAAAGAGAGAGAUAGCUGAUAGGGACUGACAAGCACACUGUUUAGAUAAGAAGCAAUUAGCCUUUUAUAUCUGUGCUCUAUACAUUUUCUAUGUGCAGCAUCUUUCCUAACUUGUUGUGGUUCCCGGGUGGCAGGUGCACAGCUGGGAGGGACUGCCGGCUGUUUCGUACAACGUUCUUGCCAAUUCCCUUGAGGAGAAAAUUCUUCACAUGGCUUCUGCAUGUACAGUAUUUGGGCAGCAAAACAUGAUUAAAGUCAGUUUGAAAAUGGU